UUCGCAAGUUUUACAAGAUGGACGCACUGUCAUAAUCUUGGCGAUGUAAUAUUGACCAAGAGCCUUCUAAAAGCAAACAACAAGAACGGCAAGAUGUCAACUCACAACGCUGAAUUUCAGGCUUUCAAACAACAGAAAGCCGCCAAAAAAGAGGCUUUGCGGGAGGAGCGGGCGAAGGGAGCUAAGCAUCUCCACUGGGUUGGUGUUUCCAUGCUAGUUACCUCCCUUGGACUACUGAUUUCCAGUUCCUUGUUUGUAGCCUAUGUGAACAAGAGUGAAAAUCUUCACCUAGGAACCGUACCUAUUGGACUGUUUGCUGCACUGUUGGGAAUAGCUGGUGGAUUGUGUGAAUAUUGUGCCUCAAGAACCAUUGUGGAGUCCGAGGCAAAGGGAUGCUCCAAGAGCUUGAUCAUUGGUAACUUUGUGCUGAGCUUUGUUGCUUUGGGACAAUGUGUGAUUGCCUCAGGAUUUGCUGGCAGUACUUACAGCACCUGUAUGGAGGAUCCUGGUCCACCUCCAGACGCUGAUUCUUGGUUCUCGGACUUCAGACAAUGUGUUUCCUACAGAACUGAAGUCAGGACCUUUGCAAUCUUUAUGAUUCUGUUUGGCAUCGCACUUGGAUUGAUGUCAGUGGCUUCCAUUGUUGUUUAUUGUAUUUACAAAACGUCCUUCGGGAUAUAUCAUCAGGCCCAGAUGUUAAUGCAGGUGCAGCGAGAUGUUCCUGCUAUUCAGCACAUACUCAACAUGCAUGCACAGUAUCCAGACAGAAACACAUGUAGCAAUGAGGAGCUGCAGCAGCUUCAAGGCUACAUCACAGAAAUACAGGAAAGGUUGACAGAGGCAGCAUCUAUUCCUCAGAGAAAUAAUGCAGGUGCUCCCAUUAUGCUUAUGAACCUUCAAGCACAAGUUACAACCCUACAGCAGACACUCAACACACACAUUCAGAUGUCAGGACAACCACAACAACCUGGCUACCCUACGGGAGGUCCAGGACAAAUGUACUAUCCACAAGGAGGGCAAGGUCAACCUCCUUAUCAUCAAGGUCAAUAUAUGCCUUAUUCACAAGGUCAAGCGCAGCCUAUGAAUUACCCUCAGGGAGGUCAAGGUCAGCAUGCACAUUAUCCACAAGACCACAACCAAGGUCAAGCAGGAGGUCAGCCCCCUCCGUCAUAUGAGUUUGCAAUGACUAAAUAUCCUGAUGCUGACACAAAACAGAAGAAUUGGGUGUAGAAGUGAAGUCUUUGCUGAUCUAAGAUAAUAAUGUGUCCAUCUGUUGUGCCCGGUUGAAAACAGACUGUAUAGUAGUGUUAGUUUUAUCAUGUGCAUUAUUGAUUGAUGAACAAAGACACCAGGCUUUUAAGUUUCUGCAAUGAAAUGACUACAUACACUAGGGUUUUAUGAUCAUUGUGUUAGCAGAUAAAUUAGUGUUUGUGUAAGUAUUAAAUGGAAUCUCAUCAUGUCAACGUUUUACCAAAUUACUGUAAAAUUAAAACUUUUUAUUGGGGAUUUAAUCUUAAUUUAUUUUGUGGAUUAAGAAAAUCUAGGAAAUACAAAACCACAGCAAUAUUUUGAUCAAAUAUCUGAGUAAUGCUAUCAGGUCCAUCCAUAUUAUUGCCAUAUUUUUACUUCAAUCAUUAAAUGCAAACAGUCAGCGCAAUAUUUUGAGCAUACACAUAUUAAUUACAUUAAGUCAGUAAAGAAGUCUAUGCCUCGAAUCAUUGAAUCCUACAGAUAGCAUUUCCAAUUUUUGCGUAAUUCAGUUGUUUAUUGGAACUCUUUUAAUGAAAUAUUUUCUUUUAAGAGCUACAAUUGAAGGCAGUUAUAAUAAUAAAUUAAGUGUUGUGUGAACCAUGUAAUAAAUAUAUAGUGCCAUGUACAAAUUGUACAUGUGGAAGCACAUGGAAGCAAGGUUUCAGUAGUGUUGAAGAACUGAGCUGUCACUAUCUACAUCUUGGUGAAGACCAAUUGAAACAUUUCUUUAUUCAGAACAUUGGUUAAUUAUUAGGCUACAUGCAUUGGUAAACAAUUACAUCUGGUUUAUAAUACCAUCAAUUUAUGUUGACCGAUAGUCUAGACUAUUCCAAGCUAAGUGAUUAUAUUUUACGAGGCACUAAAAUUACAUUCAGCCAUCAGUCAAUGUGCACCAUGGCUAGGGCAAUCAUCACUAUUCAUAUAAUUAUUUUAUAUAAAGUGAUUUUUGUUGGAGCAGGGGCAUUUUUUCGUUUGUAUUUUAUUGUGUUUUUUUUAAACAUUUACUAUGAUUUCUGUGAUGUAUUUGCAAGAAUAAACACACAUAUAAUCUAAACAGUUAACAAUUCAACAAAGCAAAGUCCAUGAAAUGAAAUUUAAAAAAAAUGUUCACCUACAGAACCCUUACCCACCCCCCUCCCAAAAUAAUAUCACGGGACACCCCAAUAAAAGAUUAUGCUUUUACAGUGAUCCAGGUAUAUAGAAGUACCUCUGUAGAUAGAUGUCCAAUGGAACCUUGUAUUUACUUUUUCAUGUAGAAAUAAGGUAAAUAAUUAUGGACUGUACAGCAGGAGUAAUCCUGCAAUGAAGCUUGUGUUGAGUUCCCAAGCUACAUUUUUAUAACCUUGCUACACAUCUUAUCAUAUAUCAAUUGUUUUAUUUUUUAAUAUGUACAUGUAUGUACAUGUAAGUUAUAUUAAAGAUUGAUAGUCUUGCCUUUGUCUGCAGGAAAACCCCACUGUAAUGUUUAUUGUUGAGCUAUAUUAAAAUGUAUAUAUAUUGAAUGAUAUAGAUUCAUGUACAUUGAGAUGUAAUACCAGUAUUUUCAAAAGUUACAGGUGAAUCCAUUUUGUUAUCUGAGAGAGUUCCUACAUGUACAUGUAUUGAUGCUCCUAACUGUCUUACAUGCCUUAACGUUCUUAAAGAUAUAUGCAUUGUGUAAGUAGUUCAUGGAUGUCGGUAGAAACUGACAGGAUUUAAUGUACCAGUAGCUCUGGAUUUACCAAGGGGUUGGAUUGAAGAUAUCUCUUUCAUGGUUUUGUCGAUUAUAAUACAAUUUUGUAUUUUGUUAUUCAGAAAAUAAUAUUUAGAAUACUUUAAAAUUGAUACACAUAUAGCUGGCAUAAUCAUACAUGUAAUUCAAUACUUAAUGGCAUGGUCAUUUUCCAAUGUCAAGGUUAUAGAACAUUGAACAUCUAUAUGUUAUCGUUCUAUUUCAAAAAGACUUUGGUGGUGUGGCAAUCUCUCAAAAUCUCAGGCUGGAUCCACUAAAUCUUUUUGUACUUUCACUAGAAUUAUUUAAGCUCACAAUGUUGGGGUACAUGUAUAAGAUUUAAUCAAGUUGUCUGUUUAAAGGUAUGGUUCUUUUAGGAGCUUAAAUUAUAUGUAAGUUGUUUGCUAUAAGCUCACAUGGCCUGAAGGGGCCUGGAACAAAGGU